ACCGCGUCAUCAGAUCAAUCACAACCAAGACUAGCCAAUCUCCACGGAUCAAAUAAAAGACCGGUUCAAGAUUCACACCGUAAGACCUUACAACAGACCGCACCAAAUUAUGGCUUAUGAAGCAGAGGGCCUGAGGAGUGAGAUCCAACGCUUCUUCUUCUUCUGCUUCGCCAGAGCUAUUCGUACACACAGUACAAAAGCCUUACAAGGCAUGGUUUGGACUUUGGAAGCUGGAGAUAGAGAGCGAACAAGAAUCAGAAUGUCUCUAACAGGAGUAAAAAUGUCCGAGGAUGUCUGGUUAACUUGUCUCACUCAUGCAUUGUCCACUGAAACCGAAGAGAUCAUGGGCCUUCUUCUUGGUGAUAUCGAGUACUCAAAAAAUGGGGGUGCGACUGCUUUAAUUUGGGGAGCAUCACCUCAGACACGAUCAGAUCGAAGAAAGGACCGUGUGGAGACCAAUCCUGAACAGUUGGCUGCUGCAUCAGCUCAGGCUGAAAGAAUGACAACUGCAACUGGAAGAACCACUAGAGUGAUUGGGUGGUACCAUUCACAUCCUCAUAUUACAGUUCUUCCUUCUCAUGUUGAUGUGAGGACUCAGGCAAUGUAUCAACUUCUAGAUUCUGGGUUUAUAGGGCUGAUCUUUUCCUGCUUUAGUGAAGAUAUAAACAAGGUUGGAAGGAUCCAAGUCAUUGCUUUUCAAUCCUCAGAUGGGAAGCAGCAUAACAUGUCAAGGCCUCUUUCUUUAUCACCCAUUAAUAAGAGUUCAAUAAUAGAUCUGGAGUCAUCUUUAAGUUCCUCAGAAAAUGCAUCAGUAAGAUCUGGCACUGCAAAGGUAGAAAGUUCUGAACAGGACACUGGUGAUUCAAGAAAUGUUGGAGUUAUCAAGGGUGGGGGAAGGUCUUCAGACUUGGGGGGUUUUUUUGCUAAUGCUGAUGCAAACUAUAUAGAAAGAGAAAGGACAGGAGGAAACUACAGUGCUGACAAUUCAAAUAACAUGAUUGCUGACAUAGAUCCCAUGGAUAUGUCAGAAAGCAUGCAAGAAGCAAUGCAUCGUUCCAAUUUGGACAUGAGUGGUGCAGAGUAUGUCAGGAAAGAAGUUCCCCUUCAUGUUCUGCCAACCUCAUCUCUUAUUAAGCUUGAUUCACCUUUAAUGUCAUUUACGGAUUUGCAACAUGUAAUAUUUGAAGAGGAACGGGCAGCAUAUAACCAAGCCAUAGGACAAAAUUUGAGGGACACAAAAAUGCAUCCACUUACUUUCGUACAUCAUACGUCAACAUAUCAGGCUUCCAUGUGCAAAUUAAUUGAAUAUUGCUUAAGUCCUGCUAUAAAUGCACUCCAGGAUCGGAUAAGGGAGAAUGAAACUCGGUUAGCAUUGCUAAAUGAUGAAGCCAAGCAUUUAGAGACUGAGGCUCUCAGAGUUGGCGAGCCAAGUUCCAGAUCUCCUCGCCAAGUUUCAUCUCAUGGUCUCCGAGGAAGUGCUUCAGUUGGUCAUAGGGAUUUGUAUAGUCCAGCUGAAUCCAUAGGUCCAAGGACUGUUUCUAGUCCUGGUAGCCGGAGCAGAAGAGGGACAGAGUGAAAUCUCAAUGCAUGCUAUAAUGUUUGGAUUAGCUUUUGGGUUAUGGUGUUGGUUUACAAAAUCUAGUUUUACAGGAUGUCAUGCCUGGUGUGAAAUAUGUUGGAAAACAGCAUCAGGUAUGGUCCCCAUGAGUUUUAUUUUAAGUGUUUCACAGUGAUCUAUCGGCAAAUAUGGCAUUUGUUUGGUUCAAAAUCUGUAUUUUUGGUGUUGGAUUGAAUAGAAAAUCAUCAUUGUCUACUGUAUUUGCGAUCAAGGAUGUAUGCAACAAAGUGGCCAAAUGUAUUAAACAUUAAAAUUUGCUUUA